AUGGCAUUUCGAACAGGCAACCGGAUGAUAUGGUGUCGGGCGUUUUCUCUAUCGUUGGAAGGAGAGGCCUUGGAGUGGUUCAAUUCUUUUCCUCCUAAUUCCAUUGAGAGCUUCAAAGGUUUAAAGGUUAUGUUCGGCAAGCAGUUUGCUAGUAGUCGGUCACAAGACCUAACAGUUUUCGAACUUUUAAAUCUCGGGCAAGGGAAAGAGAAAAGCUUGAAGGCUUUCAUGAAUCGUUACCAAAAGAUGGUUAGGAAAGUGAAGGGGCUUAGUGUUGAAUUGGCACCACAAUAUGUCAUGUCGGCCUUCAAACCGGGACCUUUCAAAGAUUGCAUAUGCCAGAGGAAUCUAAGGACAAUGGAAGAGUUGAGGGAGUGA